ACACACUCCACUUUCCAAAAGCAAAAGAAAAAACAGCUAAAACAGCGUCGUUUCGAGGAUGAACAAAGCAGGCAGCUCCGGCGGAGGCCCAGGAUAUUCCCACAAAGACUGGCCGAAACACUUUCCACCAAUCCCGAGGAACCAAUUCCAGAAAAGCGGUCACCAGUCUGUGUACGAGCUGAAGGAGACGAAGACCUCACGCGUUGCUAGGAUAGACACGCCUGGGUGCACCGUGACAAGCCUCGUCUACUGGAUCGACGGCAAAAACCUCCACUUCUUCGCCGACGAACCCGACAUGCCCGAGUACAGCUACGACGGACGCAAAUACGGAGGCACGAUGGUGUUCGAUCCAGUGUCUUACGAUAUGAACAAAGCUAGGGCUAAGCUUGUCAACGGAGUCCUCUGGAUCACCGUUCCCAAGAUCCAGCGCGUGAAUGCCAAGGCGGUUACCAUUGAGAAGAUGCUGAACGUCAAGAUCACAGGAGACGACAUGGUUUGAUGUGAGCCCGUACGUACGUCUUUUGUCUUUAUCUCCGUGUGUCGUGGCACUUGCCUCUCGUUAUGGUGUCUAGCUAGGGUUUAUGGUCUAGUCUUCUCUAUGACUUUCUUAUUUUCAUUUCUGGCUUUUAAUAAAUGUGUCUCUAUGACGUGGACAUUGUUGCAUGUGGCUUGUGUUAAAUUGUUAGUCUUUAUCGUU